ACUGUGACUGGAACCGAGUGUUGCUGGAGCCAAAUCGGACACCAGUGAGUGGCCACAACGCGGACGGGACAGCAGUAGAAGCGCAGAAUACUCCUGCCAAUUAGUCAAUACUCUCAUUUGGUUUGAACAUUAAAUAUUUUAGGAAUCUUUUGGAGACCAGAAAAAAAAAAGAAAACUUGGAGUGGCAUCACGGGGACUUCUCUACUAGACAGGAUGUCGGCACUCUCCGUGAAUGACCACCUUGAAGGGAUUUUAUCAGAUUUUGAAGCCUUGAAGAGAUCGUUUGACAUCGAAGAUGUGGACGAUAUACCGUCCUUCUCCUCGGCAUCCACUACCUCCUCACCCGUCUCUCCGUCGCCGUCCCAUUUCUUCCACAGCAACAACAAAGCCGGUGAGGAUCGGCGAGGAGGACAAUCUCCUUCUUCAUCUUUCAACAACAUCAGCAACCUGGGCUCUGCAGGGUACCACCCCCACAUCAGCCGAAGUUCUAAUCCCAGCCCGGUCCUUAGAUCACGCACAGUGGUCAGCAGUCUGUCCUUCAAUCGAGGAACCGUGAACAAACCGGCCAUUAACACCUCUGUGACUCGAGCGGCGUCCUUUCAAAGCAGGGCAAAUCCCAACAAUGGCUUCUCCAUGUUACGUGGACCAGGAAGUGACAAUGACAGCCUUCAUAGCUCCACUUCCAGCCUUGAGUUCUCUGGAGUUGGUGGAGGUUCACUUCAUCCUAACAAGUUGACGUCAUAUCUGAGUCCACAACAGCAGCUACAGGCAGGCGCUCAAUUGGGAAACACUCACAACUUGAAGAAGUUCUCCUCUCAUGGGACUGUUUUUCACUCAGCAUUGGAGCAGGGAAAAGGAAUGACGGGGGCACCAGAUCCUCAUGGGAGUAAUCAUGGCUCCAUGCCCAGCCUAGAUAUUCAAAUAUGUGAUGGUGGAGAUGGUGCACAAAGAAGUGGAGACCUGCUUUCUCCUGGCUUGAGGUAUACCAACGCCACCUGGAAUAGCCAGCUUCAAAAUGCCAAUUCCCUUGAAGUUGAGAGUAGCUGUGGUCCCAACAGUCAUCAUUAUCCAAGUCCCCAGACUACCCAACCCAAGGCUAAAGAAACUCCACGUCUCAGUAAGUUCCCCUUGGACCUGGAGAGCUUGGUGAGCACCACCUCCGUUACAUCCCCUGCAAAAGUUAUCAGACGACCCAUCCACUCCAACCCUCCAAAGCCUCCUCCAAGAGGCACCGGGAGCCUUCAGCAUCGUACCAACUCCCCAUCCACUUUGGCGAGCCCAUCAGCUUCCCUCAGCAGCCUUGAUAGUUCUUCCGAUGCACCGCCUCAUCUCGUUUUCAAUCCAACCACAGGCUCCUUUCCUGUUCCAGACGUGAGAUGCUCACCCAUGCCCUUAUCUCCAGUCCACUUGGGAACCCUUUCCAGGCCUCAGGUUUUUCAAGUGAACCCUGACCCACCCAAAUCUUCCAGCCCCAGAGCUACUGGCUCUUUGGAACAUGGCCCCAGUGAUGUCGGAGAUAGCGUAGGCUCAAUUUUGCAGAGGAUUGCCUCAUUCUCCCGGCCUGUCAUCGCUGAUACAAGCCAAGGAACUGUCAUCCGACCUUCUGCAAUUCCAAAAAUUGGAGUUCUGUCUUCUGAACUAAGCUGUCCUGCAGAGAUCAUCCCAAAAGGGGGACAUGACAAGAAGAAAAACAUAGAAAGUGCUGGAGAUCUGAAAGUAGCGGUAUCUUGCCUGAUGGAGGAGAGAGAGGAGAAGGAGAAUGGCGACCUGGGAGAAGAGCAAGCCACAGACGACAAGAGCCAAGCAAUUCUAGCGAGCAGCGUAUCCGAGAAUUCCGUCCAAGAAACGAAAGAAAAUGGAGUGGAGGUCCAUGUGGAGGAGAAGGAAAAGGAAAAAGGAAUGGAGGAAGGAGAGAUGAAGAAAGAGGUGGAGUCAGAGGUGAAGGUGGAAGUUUGCCAAUCUGUGCCAGACUUGCAGAUGAGUUUCAUCCAUGGCAGUGACUUGUUUGGCUAUGUGGGCAUUGAGGCAGUGCUGGACCAGAUGAGACACAAGACCAUGAAAGCUGGCUUUGAGUUCAACAUCAUGGUGGUUGGUCAGAGUGGUUUGGGGAAGUCCACCAUGGUCAACACUCUCUUCAAAUCCAAAGUCAGUAGGAAAUCCUGCACACCAAAUUACGAGGAGAAAAUCUCCCAGACAGUCAAGCUGCAGUCAGUGAGCCACAUGAUUGAAGAGAAGGGGGUGAAAAUGAAACUGACAGUGAUUGACACCCCAGGAUUUGGAGACCAGAUCAAUAAUGAGAACUGUUGGGAGCCUAUCGUCAUGUACAUCAACGAGCAGUAUGAAAAAUAUCUACGAGAAGAGCUGCAUGUCAACCGUAAGAGGAGAAUACCUGACACUAGAGUCCACUGCUGCAUCUACUUCCUGGCUGCAACAGGACACAGGUUACGUCCCAUCGAUGUGGAGUUCAUGAAGAGGUUGGGAAAGAUCGUAAGCAUCGUGCCUGUCAUCGCUAAAGCUGACACACUUACCAUUGAGGAACGACAAGAGUUCAAGGAGAGGAUAAGGCAAGACUUGGCAGGCAACGGGAUUCGUGUUUAUCCCCAGAAAGAAUACGAUGAGGAUCCAGAGGAACGCUUCCUCAAUGACAGGAUCAGGCAGGAAAGUAUUCCCUUUGCCGUGGUGGGAACUGACAAGGAGCAUCAGGUGAAUGGAAAUAAGGUGUUGGGCCGUAAAACCAAGUGGGGAAUUAUUGAAGUCGAAAACGUGGCACACUGUGAGUUUGCCAAUCUGCGAGAUCUCCUCAUCAGGUCUCACCUGCAGGACCUGAAAGAUGUGACACACAACAUCCACUAUGAAACCUACCGCGUGCGACGGCUUAACGAGAGCAACAUGAAUUUCAUCGAACAAGGACUUUCUACUUGGCCGCUGGAAAAUGGAACUGGUGACAAAUGUGAAUCAGACAGCCACCUCUGAUGCCUUCGUCAGCUUCAAGCUCCUGGAACGAUGCUAACCAUCAACGAGAGAGCAUUUUUACCACAUGAAGCGAGUUGGGAGAAAAUGUCAGAUUUGGUUGUCGUUGCAGGUUACAGAGAUUGUUUGAUGAAUGAUUUUUAUGGGAGACUAAAAAUACAACUAUUUUUGAAUGUAACAUAAUUUGUAUUUUCUGGUAUUAUGGUUGCAUAUACAGGCAUAACCAAGGCAGUCAGUUUCAAGAGUGACACAAAGAUAAUAUGCAUCUAAUUUUCUGUUAUAUUCGGGAUAAAGGUCAUAAGUCAUAUUUGUUUUGACAUCCCAGGCCUUAAAUGCAGCAAAUUAACUGCACACAGGGUUGAAAUACAGCACUGCUGAAAUAUAUACAGUUGUUGUGUAGGUAGGAAGCAAGGCAAGUUUUUGACCUUAACUAAUUCUUUACAGGGCAGGGUACAUUGUGUCUUUGAAAAAGAUCAAUGCAUGAAUUUAGAUGAUUCUUAUCCAUUUUCUAAUGACUAUUUUGUCCAAUUUCUUAAUUUACAAAUAAACAUAGUUUAUAUAGUAUCCAGUAGUUAGCUUCUCACGGCAUCAGGUCGAAGUGGAAACUAAAAAGAAUUACGACUAAAUGACUUUGUCACAAGCCUUUAACUUUGAAUUUUGGGGCAUUGUAUGGAGUAAGUAUAGAUAUUUGUGUUUUAUGGGUUGCCAAAAUCAUUGCCUUUCCUCGUAUGUGGUCAGACAGGUGAUCAGAAGGCAUUCUGAGCAGCACAGCAAGUUACAAAGAGUGUCAUCAUCUGUAGUGAUGACGCUAAUUGUUUUACAAUUAGUCUUGCUGUCACUCUUAUGACCCAUUCACAAUUAUUUCACCUGAUAUUAGCUGGGUGCACUUCUUCAUACUGUCUGAUCACAAGUGAGCGACAUGUUUGUCUUACGUGAAGUUUAUUUUGAAAUACACUAUGAUAGCUGUAUCCGUGUGAUCAUUUGUCAGAAACACACCCAGACCUGUUUAAUUUAUUCUUCUUUGACUGAACUACAAAUUUUAUAUCUGUCAUAGCAGUUGUGUUUAUUUUUACUUGGUAUCAUUUCUGAUCCAAGGAAAAUCUACUUUUAAUUGUCUGGUGAAUAUUGGAGCUGUUUGACACGAUGAUAGACAUUUUUGCAAAAUAUCAGGUAGGUACACGAGUGCCUUAAUAUUCCCAUCUGUUAAAAAAAAAAAAAAGCAGUUUAGCUUCAUCAAUACAAGUUCCAAAGAAAAAACAGGAUACUGAAGUUCACUACAGCAUAUUGAAGGCUUUUAAUUGGAUCGAUAAUUGGCUCUACAUUUAUGUAUUUGUGUCAUGUGUAUCCUCUGGUUGUUCUACAAAUGAAAAUAACAAAUGGACUUAUAAACAAAAUUAUUUUUAGAUAAAGUAUAAAAACCAGAGUACAUGAAGAUCAAGGCUUUGUAGCGCAAUUCCAUCAAGUUCAAUUAUUUCUAGUAUAUCACUUUGUAACCUGCACUUCCAAGAUUUCAAAAUAUUCCCGUACGAAAGGAAUAUUAACUGUAUUUAGAUUACCCUUGUAGAAUGUUGAGCAUGAUUGUUAAUGUCAAGAUGGUGAUUCUUGCUUUGCUGGCUUUUCAAGCAUAAAUGAAGAAUUAAAACCUAUUCUUAGAAACGAUUAUUUUGAGUAGGCUUAUUUUCAUAAUCACAGGUUUUUAUGAAAUGAGACUUGAUGCAAAUAGUGAUUGGGUUGUGGAAAAAGUGUGUUGGACAAACCAUGAACUCUUUUUUUGUUGCUUUGUUGUCACUCCAACCUCCCAAUUGAGUUUUCUGCUUUGUCCUGUAUUUUGAACCUCUGUACCAAACUCCUUGGAUUUCUACUCAGCAUUUACACACUUUGCAUAAGAUUGUUUAUGUAUUUACAAAUAUAGUUAUGUAAUACAUGUUAACACUGUUGAUUUAUUAUUAAAUCUUUGUCACUUUCCAAA